AGGUCAAUUCUUCGUACUCUCUUCAUCCGCAAAAAAAUCGUAUAUGCCCGUCCUGCCACAAGCCACUGCCUACGUCACUUCCGGCUUGUACGGCUCAAGGCUGCACCUAUAUCAGACCAGCUCCGAAAGAGUUGACGAGGGAUUACUUUGCCCUUUUCGGAUUACCUGGUCUGCCUAAAAAGGGUGAAGAUGCAAAGGGCGAUACGAAUGCUCGUAAUGCGUUCCACAUCGAUCCUAAAACCCUUCGGGAUCGGUUUUUGAGGAUUCAAAAGGAGGCGACAGAAGCUGCCGUUAGCCAAUCCGCUCUCGCUACAAAAGCUUACCAAACCCUGCUCUCUCCUCGAUUACGAGGCGAAUACAUUCUUUCGCUAAACGAUGUAUACAUUAAUGAAGCCGACACGAUGGAGCAGGAGCAAGAAUUAAUCAUGGAGGUGAUGGAAGCCCGGGAAGAACUCGAGGAAGCUGAAGGGGAAGAAGUUUUGAAGCUGCUAAAGCAAAACGAAGAGAGGACAGAGAAGUUGACCAUGGAAUUGGAGAAUGCUCUCGCAAAUGAGGAUUGGUCAGAGGCAAAGAGGCUCGUGAUUCAACUCAAAUAUUGGGAGUCGUUCCGAAGAGCAGGAGAAGGUCAAGAUGUAGAUCAUUGA